AUGGUCCUGCUAGUCACCUUUAGGACAAAAGACAACUACCGCACCGAGUACAUCAAGUUCGAGGUGGCAGAUUUCGACUCGUCGUACCAUGCCAUCCUUGGUAGGCCUGCACUAGCCAAAUUUAUGGCCGUGCCCCACUACGUUUAUCUGCUGCUCAAGAUGCCUAGCAAGAUAGGUGUACUCACACUCCGUGGCGACCUGAAGAAGUCGUACGACUGCGACCAGGAGGCAAUUGAGUAUGCCACAACUUCACGCAUGGCAGAACCGUCUGUAGAAGUACUUGCGACCGCGCUGAAGCUGACCAACAUAGAGAUGGAGAUCUCCAACCAACGGCCAAGCUAG